CGUCACUUCCUCCCGGAAGACGCUCCGGGAGACCCGCUGAAGAUUCCUGUCACUUCUCAGAGCUUGCCCACCGGGAACAUGGCCCUGCCGCCCUUCUUCUCCCCGGCCCGCCCCGGCCCGCCGCCCCCUCAGCCGCCGCCUCCUGCUCCUUUCGGCUGCCCGCCACCGCCGCUACCCUCCCCGGCUUUCCUGCCGCCCCUUCCCCAGCGGCCCGGCCCUUAUCCGGGGACCUCCGCCCCCUUCCUUCAGCCUUCGCUGGGUCUGCAACCCCGGGUCCCCGCGGAAGCCUCCCGCCGCGGCGGUGGCGGUGGCAGUAGUGGCGGUUUCUACUCGGUGCCGCCCCCGCCGCUGCCUCCGCCGCCGCCCCAGUACCGGCCCUUCCCGGGGACCGACGCCGGCGAGAGGCCGCGGCCGCCGCCUCCAGGCCCGGGGCCGCCCUGGAGCCCGCGCUGGGCAGAGGUGCUGCCGCCUGCUGAUGAGCUCGGGGACGCGGCGCUGCAGCGCCUGCGCGACCGCCAGUGGCUGGAGGCGGUGUUCGGUGACCCGCGGCGGGUGGGCUGCCGGGUGCCCCGGCGCGCGAUCCCCGGGCCCAGCCUGGGUGAGGUGCGCGCGCGGCUCCGCGGUGCUCUGCGCCUAGUGCGGCGUCUGCGGGGCCUGGGCCAAGCCCUGCGCGAAGCCGAGGAGGACGGCGAGGCCUGGGCACUACUGUAUGCCCAGGUCGCGCCGCUGCGCACUGACCUGGCGGAGCGGCUGCAGCCUCUGUCUCAGGCCGCCUAUGUGGGCGAGGCGCGUCGGAGGCUGGAGAGGAUCCGGCAUCGCCGGCUGCGGCUACGCGAAAGGGCCCGGGAGCGCGAAGCCGAGCGGGAGGCGGAGGCCGCGCGGGCCGUGGAACGCGAGCAGGAGAUUGACCGCUGGAGGGUCAAGUGCGUGCAGGAGGUGGAGGAGAAGAAGCGGGAACAGGAACUCAAAGCUGCUGCCGAUGGUGUUUUAUCUGAAGUGAGGAAAAAACAAGCAGACACCAAAAGAAUGGUGGAUAUUCUUCGAGCCUUGGAGAAAUUGCGGAAACUGAGGAAAGAGGCUGCAGCAAGGAAAGGGGUCUGUCCUCCAGCCUCAGCAGACGAGACUUUUGAGUACCAUCUUCAGCGACUGAGGAAGCUCAUUAAGAAACGCUCCGAGCUAUACGAAGCAGAGGAGAGGGCCCUCAGAGUGAUGCUGGAAGGAGAACAAGAGGAAGAGAGGAAAAGAGAAUUGGAAAAGAAACAGAGAAAAGAAAAAGAGAAAUUUUUACUUCAGAAACGUGAAAUUGAGUCCAAGUUAUUUGGGGAUCCAGACGAGUUCCCCCUUGCUCACCUCCUGCAGCCUUUCCGACAGUAUUACCUCCAGGCCGAGCACUCCCUGCCAGCGCUCAUCCAGAUAAGGCAUGACUGGGAUCAGUACCUGGUGCCGGCCGAUCAUCCCAAAGGCAGCUCUGUUCCCCAAGGAUGGGUCCUUCCCACGAUCCCCAGCAACGACAUCUGGGCAUCCGCCGUGAAACUGCAGUAGGCUGGAAGCUCCAGGUGCAUGGUGCGGCCGUUGCUCCCCAGCUGUGAGGGUCAUGGUGCUGCCUUCUGCGUUGUGUACUGUACUGAGUUCCUGGACUCCGUGUGGCAUGGCUGCAGCCUGAAGCUGCUCUUCUGUGCUCUGUCUUGGCCAGAGCUGCCUCUUGAAUGAGGAGAUUCAUGACAUUUUUCACUCCAAAUUCAAAUUUAUUAAACAGGUGUUUGCUACAGGAGGACAGUGAUUUAAACACCAAACAUUGUCUGCAGAAUCCAGCUGUGGGUUAGCAAGAAAGGACACCAUCCACUUGAGAAAUACGUCCUUGGAAGCUCUUUGGCGUGAGAUAUUAACACCUUUGCCCCUCUUCUGUUGGUUCACAUUGUUCAGUUGCUACAUUAUGCAUUACAGGGUUAAGAGAUGGGGACCAAGGGCCACACUUUUCCAGAGUUUGUCUAAGCUCAUAAAUUGUGAAGUCAGGUGCAGUUAGCCUCACAGGCCCACAGUCCUGAGUGCCUGGUUUAACACACCCCCCCCCUUUUGCUCUUGGAUGAGAUGCAGGCUGCCGAGGAAUUGUACAGUGUACAUCUGGUGCCUGGACCACCUUGCCUCCACCUGCACUACUGAGGCAGAGCCCAAGAAAAAGUUGGCAUGGACGGAGAACAACCGGUCCUUUCUCAUUUUACUGUCACACUUGCUCUAAAGUGCACAUUAUAUAUGUUUGUUUGGCUUUUAUGUAAGAUUUUCCUGGCUUAUUGUCUGUGUGGUGGCAGCAGCAGCCUCUGUUCUUCUACCGGUUUAGAGAGAAUACCAUCUUGAAUGAAUUUUACUUUCAAGAAUAUGAGUGCUGUUGUAAUAAAUAUCUUGUCCCACAAUCUUUUACCUUUUAAAACUUAACUAAGAAAAAUCUCAGCUGUAUUCAAAAGUAAGAAUAGUAUAACCAGGCAUGAUAACACGUGCCUGUAAUCCCAGCAUUCUGGGAGGCUGAGGCAGGAGGACUGCAAAUUUGAGGCAUGCUUGGGCUACAUAAUAAGUUCAAGGCCAGCCUAGACUACGUAGUGAGCCACUCUGUCUAAACAACAAAAAAAAAAAAGUAAAGCAGUUUUUGCCAUAUGCCCAUCAUCCAGCUUCAAAUAAUUAUCUCAAUGCCAGUCAUGGUUUCAUCUAUAUCCCCCCCUUACCUUGUAAUAUUUUGAAGGAAAUUCCAGAUGUCAGUUUGCCGCACCCAUGAAUAUUUCCACAUGCCAUCUUAAAUUGUUUUUCUCAUGUAACCACAAUACCAUUAUCAUAUCUGAAGAAAUGAUUAGUGACUCUAAUACCAAAACUCCAUUGGUUCAGAUUUCCUUUUAAUGUAUUUUACAUUCUGUUCAGACAGAAUUCAUGCAUUGUUGGUUGUUACAUAGCUUUUCUUUUUUUUUUUUUUUUUUUUUUUUUAACAUAGCUUUUCUAUAGUUUCUCUUCCCUGCUCCCCAUGGUGCACCAUCAUAUUUUCUUUCUUUCUUUCUUUUUUUUUUUUUUUUUUGUCUUUUUCGUUUUUACCGGUACCAGGGAUUGAACUCAUGACUGCCUGCUUGCAAGGCAGGCACUUAUGCCGCUGAGCUAAAUCCCCAGCCCCCAUUUUUUCUUUCUUGAAGAAAUAGCAUCUUUUUUCUCCCUGUCUCUGUGUAGUUUCCAUCUUCCCAGUUGCGUUCUACCCUAGUAGGUCCCCUCUGUUCCCAUACUUCAUAUAGGUCAGUGGUUCAACAGCUGUCCGGGAGUCCACUAUAGUAGUCACAGCUGGUGAGCACUUAAAAUGUCAGCUUGAACUAAGAUAGGCAUUACACAUGCUCACGUAAUUCUGUUGGGUACCACUGAUUAAAGGCUUGUUCGUGUUUAGUUUGGAA